UUUGGGUUUUAAAGAAAGCUUUAUUUGGAUGGGACCAAUGGGGUUAACAAAGUACGAUCCUUCUGUGGGAGAUUUUCGUGUUUAAAUACAUGCUCAGCUCAACUUAGGUUGGUGUUGCUGUUUUCAAACUAUCUCAACCCUUUUCUCAACUCACUUCUCUCUCAGAGAGGAUCUAACUCACUCUCUGAUUCUCUUCUUCUUCUUCUUCCUAAGCUUACUCUGUGUUUUGUGCUAACGUGUGUGUGUUGUUCUCUGAGUCACAAUGAGUGAUGGUAAUGACUCUAAUGAGGACCCUGAUCUUACUGACUCCAAGAUGGUGGUUCCUUUGAACACUUGGGUCCUGAUCUCCAACUUCAAGCUGUCCUACAACCUGCUCCGUCGUCCUGACGGGACCUUCAACCGCCACUUGGCAGAGUUCCUUGACCGGAAAGUGGCAGCCAAUGCAACUCCAGUGAAUGGUGUCAUCUCAUUUGAUGUCAUCAUUGACAGAGAAAUUGGCUUACUGACUCGAGUCUAUCGACCCGCAAGUGCUGAUGCGCCACAGUCACAGCUGCUGACCAUCCUCGAUCUCCAGAGGCCUAUUGGGGAUGAAGUUGUUCCUGUCAUAAUCUUCUUCCAUGGUGGAAGCUUUGCUCACUCCUCUGCCAACAGUGGCAUAUAUGACAUUCUGUGCCGCAGGCUAGUCGCCAAUUGCAAGGCUGUUGUGGUCUCAGUGAACUAUCGCCGAUCACCGGAGUACCGAUUUCCAUGUGCCUAUGAUGAUGGAUGGACUACCCUGAAGUGGGUGAACUCUCGGUCCUGGCUCAAAAGUACUAAGGACUCCAAAGCUCACAUUUAUCUGGCCGGUGAUAGCUCCGGUGGGAACAUUGUGCACAAUGUUGCUUUGAGGGCAGCGGAAUCCGACAUGGAUGUGGUGGGCAACAUACUACUCAAUCCAAUGUUUGGUGGGCUAGAGAGAACUGAAGCUGAGACUCGCCUGGAUGGCAAGUACUUUGUCACUAUCCAAGACCGGGACUGGUACUGGAGAGCUUUUCUUCCUGAAGGAGAAGACAGGGACCAUUAUGCAUGCAAUCCAUUUGGCCCAAGGGGUAUAAACCUUAAAGAUGUCAAGUUCCCAAAGAGCCUUGUGGUGGUGGCUGGUUUAGACCUUGUUCAGGACUGGCAGCUUGCUUAUGCUAGAGGACUCGAGAAUGCCGGCCAGGACGUCAAGCUUCUAUAUCUGAAGGAUGCCACCAUUGGUUUCUACCUGCUGCCAAACAAUGAGCAUUUCUACACCGUCAUGAAUGAGAUGAGCAGCUUUGUUCGUUCUGAUUGUGAAUAGGCUUGACUUAAUCAACUAUAUAACGUAAUUUAGACGUGCCCUCCCUAAAGGAGGGUUUGUUUGCAGCUUGUAAGAUUGUGUAGCUAUGCUAUAGUAUUCACUGUUAUAUUCAUAAUUGUGGCGCUUAUGAUCCUGGCGCUUAUGAUCCUGCUGGCUGUUCUUGGUUUGAGGAGAAGGAUCGUUUGCUCGUUCCGGUGGACAUCAAGGUAUCUGCAAAAUGGGGGGUUUUUUGGUUGGAUAAAGCUUUGCAGAGUUGCAGGCAGAAGGAUCUACUUAACUAUGUUUAGCAGCCCCACUGAUUUGGAAUUUCACACUCCAGCUUCUGGUGGAUGAUCAAUGACUAGCUAGUGUUCUUUAUGUAUAUCUAAUUAGAGGGCGUAGAUGCCUCGAUGGGGAAGCUUUAAGCUUCCAUGGUAUGAUGAUGCUGUAAUGUUUAUAAUCUGUUCUAGAUUAUCUAUAUGAACUGCGUGUAUUAGCGGGUGCUGUUGUAAUAAACAAUCUGUUGUUGUUCAUGUGUUAUUGAUUAAUUGCAUUAGUUUCUUA